UGUAAAUAUAAAAGAUACUAAAUAGUUUGAAAGUUAGUCUUGUCAAACACCAGGGUCGGGCUGUGAAAUAUAAUAAAAAAAAGCUCACAGCGACCAGUUCGAUACAUGUAAAUAUACAUCGACAAAUCACUGCUUCGUAGCGAAUGGGAAAAGUGGUUGAGAGCGUUCCAAAUUUAUGCAGAAUCAGAGGAUAUCACAAACUUCAAGCAGAAGAGGACCAAGCUAUUACACCUUGGUGGAACUCAACUACAAUCAGUGGCAUUUUCACUACCUGAUGCUUUAGCAGAAUUCAACCAAGACGAGCCUAAUGAUGUGUUUCAAAUAUUAGUGGAUAAGUUGACAACAUCAUUCUCCCCCAAGCAGAACUCAUCGUUCGAGAGGCAUUUGUCGCUUCGGCAACAGAUCUAAAAAUGUGCAUUUGGAUCAACAAAAACGGAAAUAGACGAGAUCCGUCUAAAAGACAAGAUAAUCGACUCAUGGGCAACGGUGGAUUUAAAAAAAGAAGCUUUUAGAAAGGGAGCAUUCGCUGGACGAGAUUAUAGAAGCUUGCCAAAUCGACGAAGAAAUAAAAAAGCAAUCAGUUUCAAUGACUAAGUCUAUAUCAGAAUCAAUAAAUAAGAUUUCAACAAGAAAACCGGGAAAUCAAAAUAACGAAUGCGGAAGAUGUGGACGAGUUGGCCAUAAAGCAGACAGCUCCACCUGUCCAGCCCGACAAGCCAAAAGUAAUCGGUGUGGCCGUCUUGGUCAUUUUGGGUCUAAAUGCAGGACAAACUUGAAGAGACAACACUGGCAAUCACGAUCUAGAACACAAGAAGAAAUGGUACCCACCAGCUCAGUUCGGAAUGUUCAAGAUGAAAGCGGCCGCAAUAAAAAGACGAAAACGGAGAAUUGUUUUAAAUUCGAUAGUGAAGGCGAGGAAGAAUGGAUUAGAUGCCGAAUCGGUGAAGCAUAUAUAUCUCUUAUUAUUGACUCUGGGUCUAGGUACAACCUCAUCUGUCAAGCAGACUGGUAACGGCAUAGUCUUCAAUGUUCGGCCCAACUCACAGAACCAGUUUAAGGGCUACGCUUCGGAUCAAAUCCUUAAUGUAAUUUGCGUAUUUGAGGCACCAAUAUCAGUAAGUGGAAACGCGGAGAAGAUUGCCACCUUUUUUGUGAUCGAAAAAGGAAAGCAGUCACUAUUGGGCCGAGAAACGGCCAUUGGACUAAAAGUCUUGCGGCUCGGACUUGAGGUUCGACACAUUCAGGAAAUCUCUGCCUUCCCAAAGUAGAGGGGAGCAAGCGUUAAAUUGUCAAUUGACUAUGAUGUAAAGCCAGUACAGCAGCCUAUGCGGAGGAUCCCGAUUUCCCUGGAAGAUAAAGUGCGUGAAAAAAUUCAGGAGUCACUCAAACAAGACAUUAUUGAACCAGUAAAUGGAUCCAAUGGACCCCAAUGGUUUUAGUGUUCAAGGGAAACGGUGAUAUCAGAUUAUGUCUGGAUAUGCGUUUAGCAAACAAAGCAAUUCUCAGAGAGAAUUAUCCACUCCCUACGUUUGAGGCAUUCAUGACCAAACUCCGGUAUGCAAAGUACUUCUCUAGGUUGGACCUAAAAGACGCAUACCAUCAACUUAAGUUGGAUGAAAAAAGCCGGGAAAUAACAACUUUUAUAACCUCAAUAGGAUUAUUUCGCUAUAAACGGCUUAUGUUUGAGCAACUUUUGGCACCAGCCAUCAUAGUUUUUCGUAAGACUGAGGAAGAGCACGAUGAAGAGAUGAAGAACAAAGAAGAGACUCGAAGUUUUUUUGGGGCUGGGAACCUACGUGGGCGAAUUUAUAUCGGAGUUGGCAGAC